UUGGUGUUGAGAAACUGUGUGUGUGGGAGAUUGUGCUCGUGGGUCUUAAAACCGACUUCAUUAACUAGAAAUUGAGGUAAGUUGGAAGGAAUACAUCUUGAUGGUCUACAUAAAGAUGCCUUAACGCUGCUAGAAAGUGACUUUCCCCUCCUGCAUGAACACUGCGACACGGGAGGAGUGUGUGAGGGUGACGAUGGUAAUGGUCGGCCUGGCACUCAAGUGUUAGAAUGAAGUGACUAUUGUUAGUGUGGCGACCAGCGGCACUCCGGCGCACCACCACACUUGGCUGGGCCUUCUCGGGUGAAGGAACAUCUUCAAAGGGCGCGGCCCUUAGACAACCCGUGGGCGUGAGGGGGUCGCCCGAAUAGCCGCUGGGCGGGGAGAUUAAGACCUCCUGCGUGGGCGUAAAGACAAGGAGGCAUGACCAAGACAGUAGUGGUGGUGUAGCCGAUGAUAUGGCCCAAGUGAUGCCUUGAGGAGUACCUAGACUCGUGGGACCUUGAUGAUAAUAAAAAACAACAACGCUUGAAGUGAAUCGGUAAGAGCAUCGAUGAUAAGAUAAUUUAUGAACACAGCGUCGAAAAUAAAAAGAUAAGGACACUCCGCUAAGAACAGGACGGUGGCUCGGCACGCCCAUAACGUUACAUCUGUUUUGAGUAGUUGUGAGUAGCGCACUGUCCAACAUGUUCUCUGACCUGCUGAAGCUGAUGAUCCGGGGGGAGAGGGGCGAGGCCAAGGGUGUGGUGGAGGGCGACACACAGGUGCAGCGCUUCCACCUGCCCCACGCCAAGCUCCACCACCACCACAGCAACACCCUCAAGGGACGCUCCAAGAAGUUCUACAAGAGCUCCUCCUCUCACUCCGUCCUCUCCUCGUCGUCGCUGUCAUCGUCGUCCUCCUCGCCCUUCUCUCACUACCGGCGACGCGUUGAGGUCUCCAGGUCCAAGAGUUCCAAGAAGAAGGAAUCGCGAGAGGAGGGUAGAGGGAGAGGCGACGCUAAGAGAGACACGUCAUCUAAGGGUACUGACGCCGCCCGCCACGAGGACUCCCUCGGUGCCGGCUCUCACCACUCCUCCAAGGUGUCGCUGCUGGAGGGGCGUCACCAAGUCGUAGAGCCCAUCACAGUGUGUUUUAAAGACAACCUUGCACGGCUACUCAGAGAGCGACCAAAAAAGGUUCCACACAGGCCUGGUACCAGGAAUAGCUAUGUCAGCGACUGUGUAAUUCAUGGUCGUGACCCAUUCCUGGAGGACGAUGAAAAUCAGUCAGACAACGAGCCGGUGGUUGGUGCUGUUCGACUGAGUCACCAAGCUGCUUUUCACAAGAUUUCUGUUAGGCCUCGUCGAACCCAUGGGGUUCCUCGCUCUAGAAGGGCAACCCAGAUUGGGGGACAAAUUAGUCUACCUGAUGUCAUUGAGGAAGCCAAUAGUAAGAAUUCUGCUUCUCAGAAACCUCUCAGCAUCCCCACAGCUUCUCCAUCACUCAGCACUCCUCACCCAGAGUCUGAUAAUUUGGAAGAACCAAGCAGCACCAGUUAUGAGAGUCAAGCAGGCUUAGAGCAGCAAGACCCUGAGAAGAAGGACAAAGAAGAAAAGCGUGAUGGGUCUCUGGCCCAACUCUUUUUUGGUAGUAAACGUUCAGGUAGACGACAGUCUCGAGGCAGUGGUGAUGACAGUCGGGAAAAUAGUGUCAGCCCUCUUAGGCGUGGCGGAGACCAGAGAGCAUCUCGAGAGAAGAGAAGAGACUCCUCAGGUUCUCGGUUCCCAUUGAUAGGAGGAGCUUCCAAAACAAGACAAGAAUCCCAUCCUCUUCCUCCAUCUGGGCGCCCUAGAGAACCAAGUAAGGAAAGAGUCACAAAAGAUGUUUCAACAUCUUCACCGCAACCACUACACACAGUAAGUAUAGAAGGAGCAAUGGAGACUAAUCUGCCUGGCCAACCUAACUUCCGUAUCUCUCCAUAUGAUGAGCGGCCUUCACGACCUGCUGAUGGUGUGAGAAAAGUGAAAAGUUUUAGGGAAGUGCCCGAACAAAAUGCAACUCAUCGAGAAAUUGUUCGUCGGAAAGUCUCUUCUCAAACUAAUGUUGAGGAUCAGAGGAGUGUACCAAGCAAGAUGUCUCGUCUCUCAGCUUCUCUUGAAAGUCUAGAUGGUGAUGAGCUCACAAGAAAGUCACCAGCUGUGCAUGGGACUCCUAGUAAGAUAUUACAAACUGAAACGUCUUCAUCAUCUCAACGUUCAUCAACAGACUCUCUUACAACAACACCUCUUCCAGGGGUGUUCAUUCGCCAUGAGUCACAAAGUCAUAAUAAAACAGUAUUGCAGAAGCAUCAAGAACACCUUCAACAACUGCAGCAGCAGCAAGGUGCUCAAGAAGUAAACUCAGGACCAUAUUCAUUAGACUCGAGUAUAGGUUUACAGUCCCGGGAAUCGGAGGACUUGUUGCGAAAAGCAGCAAGUGUGGACCAUGUGUGUUGUACUUUAGAAACACAGAUUCAAACAAGGGAACCUGAGACUAAAGAAUCCAUCACUCCAAAGGCAGUUGAAAUAAAGUCAACAACAGAACCAAAACUAAAUACAGUGGAAGCAAAGAUAGAAUCUGGGAAACCAGAGAGCAAGAAAUCCCCUGGUCAAAUUUUACGUUCUCAGUCCAUACACAAAACAGAAGAAACUCCAGUUCAAGGUGCACCUCCAGAGGAGGGUGACAUGGAGGGAGAGUAUGUACCCCGUCGUCCACUGAGAAAAGAACCAAGCAUGAAACGUCUUCCACCAAGGGAUCCAGGACCUACUGCAGUUCCAGAAUUUAUGCGCAUUCAGCUUAAUCGGGUAGAGAGCAAAGGUCAGUCAGUUAUUUAUGAUACAGAACAAGAGAGAAAUCCUAAGAUUGAGAGGAAGGAGGUAGAGAUAUUAAACAAAAAGACUGAAACUCCACUGGUUUCAGAAACCAUUCAGAAAGAAGUGCAGAUACAUGAACAACCUGCUGAGAAUUCACUUAUCCUGAAAAAGGAAUCCAUCAACAUCCUCACUUCUAAAGAAAGUAAAGCUCCCACCCCAUCACCUGUACAGAAGAGUAAUGCUCAGGGAAGCAGAGGAAUAUUCAGAGACACGUCUCCAUCUGGAAACACUGUAGAUAGUGGAGAUGGUGACUCUGGUGCUGAAGGGUCUUCAUCAGAGCCCCCUGUAGACCGUGUUGUUCUGAGGAAACCUUUGAUAUCAGAACGAACACCAAUUAUAGAACGUGCCUGUUCUGUUACAAAUCCAACACCAACAAAAUCUAGGGGAGAACAGCCUGAGCUCUUCAAGGUGUUUGCUAGACGAUCAUUUAAAGUCAAAGAUGUUGAUAAAGACAAAUCUGAAUCUUUGGACAUUGAUGAUACUUAUGUUGAAGCAACAAGUGAAGUAUCGGAGGUAACUAUCUCUCCUGUUAGAACUCAUAGCAACUCCUCACCAGCUUCUGUUUGCAUUGGAAGUUCAUUAACAUCAGUGUCUCCCUCUCAAUUAUCAGCCGAGGGUUUGCAGAAACCAAGUAUAAAUGCUAUCUCCUUUAAUCGCAAGUCUGUGGGUAAUCCAGCUCUCUCAUUCUGCCCACCUCCUGUGUCAACCUCAGAUUCUCCAGCAAACUCAUCAUUGUCUACAAAGCCAGUGGUGUUUGUUUUAUCCAACAACAGCACUGUAGAUACAAGCAGCACAGAAGUUACAGUCACAAGCAGUUCUCGAAGUAUCACAACUAUCACAUCCACAAACGGUAUCAUGACGAGUAGUGUUCAAAGUAAACCAACCACUACUCCCAAUCAAGGUUUAGCUGCACAUCCAGUACAGAUAAGUCCUACACCUCCUACUGUAUCAGAUAGUUCAGUCACAGUUUCUACCACACCACCUAGUGGAAUAAUCAGUAAAAUUAUUAAUAAUAGAACCACCAGUAUCACAAGUAUUAAUGAUACUUCCAGUGAAAAUGAAAAUGAAAUUAAUUUAGCAACACCACCAUUAAUAUCUACUCCAUCAAAAUCAACACUUUCUUCUCGCUCUGGGUCAGGACUCUUUUGGCCACCUCGCCCACAACAGGAUCAAGAGGAAACCCUACAACCAUCUCAGCCAACACAAAUCCCAACAACACUGCCUAGUCUAAUAAAUCCUCAGCAAAAGAAAUUAUCUUUGAACUCGACAAGUGAUUAUGAAGGAAUUCGAGAUUCAGAACAAACCGAAGAAAUUGAAGUGGAAAUAUCACCACUUGAUAUUGGUGCUGCACGACGUAGGUUCAUGAGUGGAGGAAUGGACCGCUCACAUGCUCCAGUUACUCCUCCAACUCAGAAUUCGUUGCCAGCAUCUACCUCUCCAGUAUUAGGGUCCUCACCAUCGGGUUCUGCCAGUAACUCACUUGGUAAUCCAUCAUCAAUAGUUGCAAAGACUGGACCACCAGUCACUGAGGCACGUAACAACACACCCUCAUUCACCAUCACUGUGCGUACACAAGCGGCACCUUCAACUAAUCGUCUUGAUACAACUCCUGUAUCUACUUCUAUCGUCAAUCCUAAUGUUGAUCUCAACUCCAGUGUGACAAGCAACAGUAGCACCACUAGUAUAGGAAAGCCUGAGCAGGGAGCAGCACAGCAGGCAGCAGAAGAUUGGAGGGUGCUAGUUAGGCAACGGCGUGAAGGCAGACUUAAACAGACGAAGACACCCGACGCCGAGGAAAUUAUUAUUGAGACUCGUCCACCAGUGUCACGGAACAGCAAAGUUCUCGAAAUGGCCAAUAACUUCCAGAAGCUUCAGGUUGCCUAGCAGAAGCUUUAUCAAGGACGACCUUGGCCUAAAUGAUGACAAAAAUAACCUAAGUGUCUGUCUCUUGGUACAUCUGGUACAUCAGGAUGAAAAUUAACAGUUAAACCAAAAUUUACAUUAUUGUUUAAAUUUACUUUGUAAAGACCAUGACUGAAGCCUUAUUAUAAAUUCAAGUACUACGGUGUCUGUAACCAUUUACAGUACUGUAUACAUAAAGAUGGAAAUAUAUACAGUACUCCUUUUUGAAGUGGCUGACAGAUGUUAAGUGCCCUUCAACAUGGGAAGUUAUUUUUUUUUUAUUGUUUUUUUUUUUUUGCUUUUCAUACUAAGUGAUUCUCUUAAAUUUUUUAUUUGCCUGUUUUUAAUUCAGUGGCUGAAUAAUAGUAUAGUUAUACUGUAGUGAGUUAUCCUUGCAGACUUAGAAAGGACAAGGGCCCAAUCUUUUUACUCCUCUGCAAAAGUUCAAAAUCUGACAGUACUGACAAACACUGUACUGUACAAGUAUGUGAACAGAGAAGGAUAACAGUACAGUAUAUCAUUGUUACAGUAUAUAAACAUUAUGUGUAUGGUACCUCUUGCCAAGGACUUAUGGACUAUCAACUUGACGGUGGUGCAGAUACUUGUGUGCCCUGUUAGUUUUCUGUAGUGAUGGCUGGGUAUGUACCGGGUAAUCAAGUGAUGGUCUUAGGUCAUGUGAUAUAUUUCUGCUGCUGAACUGUUUGUAGAUAAACAAAAUUUAUAUUCUGCUGUGAUUUUAUUUUUGCUAAAAAAAAUUUAAUUGUGCUGAUAUUGGAUAAUUUUUUAACUUAGUGAAAAAGCAGCACCUAAUUUUACAUGUACGAGUAUCAGAAAAUAAUUACUAUUAGAUAGUAUGAGAUUUGUACGUUUCAUUCUUUAAACUCCUUAGAGAAAUCUAAGUUCUCCAAAAAUGCCUUUUUGUUUUAGUGUAAUAAAAAAAAUUACCCGGUAAGUGGUUUUUCAUAUAUUGUUAUCCAAGACAAUAAUUAGGAUAAAUAGAUAAAAUAUAGUUAGGAUUAUAGUGUAAAGGUAAAAACUAUGUAUAUUGUACAGGAAGAGACUUUUACAGUUUUAUGAAUUAUUAUAACACAGUGUAGAUCCUUUAAGAAUACCUAUAACAAACCCAAGGCUCAGCAGUUUAGGUGCGGUAAACACAUGAUGAUAUAGCUAUAGUAAAUUAAUUUUUAUAUCCCUGAACUUUUCUGAGUGGAAUGUAAUAGAUAUUAUUUUUCUGUCAUAACUCUUCCAGUAGUUCAGUUUGUAAGCUGUACAUGGAGCUGUUAUGGACAGUUACGAUAUAGUGUACUUAAUGAUUCAUACCCCACAGAUCAAGGUUUGUAUCAAGUCGUCCCUGUGUCAAGUCUGUUUGAUGUACAUAGCAAACAGUUGUGACAGAAGUGGCUUUAAAUUAACAAGUAUGACAAACAUGUAAAAUAUAUCAUGUAUGCUCUACAAGGCAUCGUAAUGAUCCAUUAAAAUGAGCAAAAGAUAACACAUUAUGUAAGUUGUGUAAAUAGUUUGUAAAUAUAUCUUGACAAACAUGUAUAAUACUGUAUUUGCUUUAGGGGUAUAUGGUGUAUCAGGGUUAUUAAAUGAAUUUAACAAUAUUCUGGUAUUUGAUGCAUUUGUAACAUUUUUCAAGAGAUUUGGUUUCAGAGUCAGCUGACUUAUUGGUACCUUCUUCAUCUUGAAGGAUACAAGACAAAUCGAUCCUUGGUACUGCGUUCAGUCUACCUACCUUUCUCUUUUGCAAAGAAUAAUUCUUGUAAUGUUUCAUACUUUUUACUUUGCUAACUAAAUAAUCAUUAGUGACAGCUGAUUUUAGUUCACCUUUGAGAUGAAUCCUGGUAAUUUUUGGAAUUAGAACUGCCCAUAAAAGUAACAAAACUUAAACUGUUCAGUCUUGAGAGACUAGACAUAACUUAUAUCCUUUGGUGAUUCCCAGAUAAUUAUGUGUAGUAAUUACUUACAUGCAUAUAAGUAUUUAAAUUUCUUUAGAGAAUUGAGAAGCAUUGUAUAUCCAAAAAGUUUUUGUACAUUCUGCAAUUUCCCCACCAGUUAUAACUCAAUGCAACCUAAAUUAGUACAGUAUAGAAGACUAAUGCAGUCUGACAGAGUGAUAGUUAUUAUGAGAAAAAUAAUAUACUCGUACAUCCUAGAACAAGGGAGUUAAACAAAUAAUUGUGACCACACUCAUACCAUUCAUGAAAAUGAUGAUUUAUGUUUUCAUGGGAUACACAUGUAUACCCCUGAGGCACAAUUGUAAUAGAAGCAUUACUCUUCUGUUUUCUCUCUAUUGCUUGUUGCCAGUAUCAUAUACAUAAUCAGAUUAUAAAGGCUUUUCCUCACACCCCCACCUCAAGACCAUUGUUUACAGACAGUUGUUUUCCCAAACAGAUCUGCCUCACUCUACUUCUCAGCCUUUUUAUAAUGUCACAUCAGAUAUCUGGCACCUUUAUUUCUUAAUAGGACUAUUUUAUCUCUGUGAUAAAUUUUGUUAGUACAGUAGUUUUUUAUUCUUUAUUAAAAUUGAUAAUCAGACAGAAAAAUUUAUAUAUAUUUAACCUUACUGCUUCAUGUAUUCUGACAUCAGUCUUGUAACGGUGUCUAGUCCAAGUAUCUUUUUGAAAUAAACUAGUUUGGUUUUAUCAUUCAUUUACUGGUGUGUAUUCAGUAAUAUGGAAUUCUGUUUGAAACUAAAUACAGUAGCUUAAUUUUAGAGCACCUAUAUUUUCUUGAAGAAAUACAACCUAGUCAGUAGCUGUUAUUUGUUACUGAUUUCCUGGUUUUAUACCGUGUCAAGUGCCUAUGUUCCGACACUUUAUUUGCCUCAGUAUCAUGUGAUAAUUUCUUCCUAAAAUUUUAUCCUUGUACAUUGUGAGUGUUUGACUUUGUGAUGAAAUAAUUAUCAUGUGAUCUUUCAUUUGAUAGGCUAACACUGCAGAUUACUGUGAAAGAAUAAUAAUUUUAAAUGAGAAGCUACAUGUGUGUCUACAGUAUGUGCCUUUACUAAAGAUGUACAUAAGGGUGAAGAUAAGUGUUUAUUAGCUCUAUAUCACAAGACAGUGUGUAAUGUAUAUCAAUAAAACUCUGGUAAUGUUGACCAUG